UUUUGCAUAUUUGCCAUUGCUCCUAUUCUUUUAGGCUUAUGGCCGACAGUCGUUGAAAACCUCUCACUGACUUCGUUUUGUUUUACCGGGUUCCUUUCAGUACAUGGAAUUAUUGGACAUUUAAAUUUUGGUAGUGGUCCAAGAUGGGGGUAGGUGACGACAUCGCACCUCGUUUUACUCAAAAGCCAGUCUUAAAACAAGAAGAUAAUGGAAAACUACUCGUAUUCCAGUGUACUUUGGAGGCUGCUCCGAAGCCCGAUAUUAAAUGGUUUCAGGGAACAACUCCUUUGUCCCAGUCGGACAGGAUUAAAAUGCGUGUUGAACCCGCUGGCGGGAACAAUUAUAAUGUUAUGAUGGAUAUAAAGGGAGUUACACAAGCCGAUGCAGGAACUUACAAAGUUGUUGCUAAGAACAAGCUCGGAGAAGUCUCUGCUUCUAUCAAUUUGAACUUCAGUGCACCCGGACAGAAACAACAAGAUGGCAUUGCCCCCAAUUUCACACAGAAACCAUCUACAAGACAAGCUGACAAUGGAAAGAAACUAUUGUUUGAAUGUCAGCUGACAGCAGACCCAGUACCACAGAUCACAUGGUUCAGGGAUGAUCAACAAAUCAAAGAUGGAGGUAGAUUUAAGAUACAGACAGACCCCAAAGGAAAUAACAACUACUUCAUAGUUUUAGAAAUCAAUGGUGUAAGUGCCCAGGAUGCUGGAAAUUAUAGAGUUACUGCUAAAAAUGCUCUGGGAGAAAGUAAUGCAACAAUUAGACUUAAUUUUGAUAGUGAGGACAAGGGUAAGCCACAAGGUACUAGACCAUCCUUCACAACCAAACCAGCUAUCAAACAAGUUGGAGGAAAAAUCAUAUUUGACUGUAAAGUUACUGCUGAUCCAAAACCAACAAUCACAUGGAUGAAGGGUACACAAACCCUUAAAGAUGGAGGACGUUAUAAAAUGAUUCAAACAGGCGAUAAAAACAAUUAUGAUGUUUCCAUGGAAAUAGACAAACCUGGAAAGGAUGAUGGCGGAGAAUAUAAAUGUCUCGCCAAAAAUAGCUUAGGAGAUUCCACAGCUACCAUCACUCUCAAUUUUGAAGCUAAAGAUAAGCCUGGAGCCAAGAAGGCACCAGAAGGAAAAGCACCUCAAUUCCUGGCUAAACCAGUCAUCAAACAAGAGAAAACUAACCUUAUAAUGACAUGUAACUUAGAAGCUAAACCACAGCCAACCAUCAAAUGGUUCCAGGGAACAACUGAACUGAAAAAUGGGGGUCGUUAUGACAUCAAACUUACACCCUCACCAGGAAAAUCAGAUAGCUUCACUGCAACACUUAAUAUUAAGGACCCCAAACCAACAGAUGGAGGAUCAUUUAAGUGUACAGCUAGUAAUGACUUUGGAGAAUCAAAUGCAAACAUCACUCUUAACUUCCAAGUUGUUAAGAAAAUUUUCGUUAUACAAGUAUUUAGAUACGAAAAUUUUCAUCUUGGUGAAAAUGGUGCUGAACAGAAAGAUAAACCAACCGAAGAAAAAGAAAAACCAGCUCCACCAAAACCAGCUGAAGAAAAAGAAAAACCUGCACCACCAAAACCUGCAGGGACUGCUCCAACCUUUACAGAAAAACCAAUUAUCAAACAAGAAGGAAAGAAUUUGAUUGUACAUUGUAAAUGUAAAGCUAAUCCUAAACCUACCUUUACAUGGUAUAAAAGUGGUCUCCCUUUGAAGGAGACAUUCAGAAUCAAAACCAGAGUGGAUGGAAAGGGAGAUGACUAUGAUACAUUUUUGGAUCUCAUUAAUGUCACUAAGAAUGAUGGAGCUGAAUACAAAGUUGUAGCCAAGAAUGCACAUGGAGAAGGAAAUGCUACCAUCACUGUUAAUAUGGAUGAACCUCCUAAAGCUGCAGAGCCACCACCCCAGUUUCAAGGUUUACCACAAGUAACAUUGGAAGAAGGAGGAAAAAGAUUAGUCAUUACACAAAAAGUUAAAUGUAAGACCAAACCAACAUCCAUGUGGUACUUCUUAAAUAAACCAAUCAAACAUGGGGGAAAAUAUUUCCUUGAAAUAUCUCAAGACAGAGAUACCUACAAUGUUGUAUGUGAAGUUUUAAAUCCUAAAGAUUUAGACUCUGGUGAAUACAAGUUUAGCAUUAAAACACCUGGAGGAGAAGGAUCAGGGUCAGCUAGAGUUGACCUCAAAGCAUUAAUGGCUCCUAAACCAAAAGUACCUAAAGGAUCACCACCAUCAUUCACUCAAAAGUUGGUACCAACGGAAGUACUUGAUGGUGAUGCAUGUGACUUAAUUGCCAAAGUUGCUGGGAAUGAACCUAUUGAGGUUGUGUGGUCUAAGGAUGGAGAUAAACUUAAGCAUAGCAAAGAUUGUCAAAUCACUUUCAAGGACAAUGUUUGUCGCCUGUAUAUCCCAGAAGUUUACCCAGAUGAUGGUGGCAAAUAUCAAAUUGACCUAGAAAAUGAGUAUGGAAAAGCAAUGACACAGGCUACUCUUGUUGUCAGCGAAAACCCUGACAUGGCAUUGCCAGAAGUUACUCCUAUGUUGGGUGAUGAUCCCACAGGAAAGGUGGUAGAACAGAAAAUACCAGAACCUGAAAAGGUUAAGCCAGUAGAAAAGAUACAACCACAAAUUAAAGAACCAGAGGAGAUAAAAGCUCCAGAGAAAAAGAAAGAUAAUAAAUUUAUUCGAACUCCUCCUCGGAAACAAAAGAUGUAUAUUAAACAACCAACUACUAUACUUGAAGAGGCAGAUGACCUGUUGGAUGGUUAUGUAGCAGACGACGAUAGACCAUCAAUACCAUUAAUCGUCAUGAAUCACGAUGAUGUAGAAUAUGAAGAUGCUGGACCUAGAAAGAUAUCAGUCUCUAAAAAGAAGGACGAAAAACCUGAAAAGAAGAUUGAAGGUCCCACACAUGCUCUUGCCAAGAAACCAGAUAAUAUCACCAUUAAUGAAGGAGAAGAUCUCCGCGUCAGUUGUGCACUUGAUGUCCAGCCAGGCCUACAAGCACCUAAUGUGAAAUUCUUCCGUGGAAAAAGAGAGUUGAAGGAUGACACCAGAACACGUAUUAUCCACAAAGACCAGGGUUCUUCUCUCAACAUUAACAAAGCAAGAUUCUCUGAUGAAUCUAAGUACACAGUAGUUGUAGAACAAGAAGGUGUUCCAGUCGACCAGGCAACAUUUAGUGUUUUUGUAAAAGAUCCCAAAGAUUCAGCUAUGGAUUUCAGGUCUCUCUUGAAACACAGAGACCAUAAGAAGAAAAAUGAGGAUGAUGAGGAUAUUGAUUGGGGGUCUCUUAAACCAGUGGAAGGCCAAGGCCAACUGCAACAACCACCGCAGAUUAAAAAAGAACGACGUCCAUCUUUGGUUGAUUCGAUGAAACAACAUCUUGCUGACAGUGAAGGAGAAAAGACGGCUAAAGACCAGAGAGAAUCGGCUCAGGCCAUGAGAAAACUAUCCCGAGAUAACUUGGAGGUAGAGAAAGCAACAGUUGAUAAGCUUGAGGCUCUGGAACAACAACGUAGAUCGUCCAUGCAACAAUUCCGUAGACCCUCUCUUGUAGAUGUUAUACCUGAUUGGCCAACUCUCCAACAUAGAGAGGCCAAGAAAGAGAAACCAGACAAGUACAUUGUUGAAUUGGAUGAUGUCAAGGCAACUGAAGGUGACAAGAAAGCAACCUUUGAAUCUGAAUUCUGUAAAAAGAAUGCCAAAACCAAGUGGUUUAAAAAUAAGUUGGAGAUUUUUGCUGGCCACAAAUAUCACUUUGAAAAUGAUGACAAGAAAUACAGACUGGUGGUCAACAAUGUCAAACUUGAAGACGGUGGAAAGUACACACUGGAAUUAAAUGGUGUCAAGUCAGGAGCAUGGCUUUAUGUUGAAGCAAAAGCCCCACAUUUUGAAUUCACACAGAAACUACCAGAGAAAUAUUCACAAACCAAGAGAAAAGAGAUUGAUUUAGAAUGUUUUGUAUCGGAUCCAAGAGCUAGAGUCAAAUGGUUCAAAAAUGGCCAGCCAAUUGAGAUUCCAAAGCCAGGUGACCCAGAGUACCAAUCUGGUAAAAUGGAGAUCCAACGUCGUGAGAACCGCUGUAUCCUCAGAAUCAAAGACUGCCAGCCAGAGGAUGAAGCUGAGUACACAUGUACUUGUGGUGAUGCUAAAACUACUUGUCAGUUUAAAGUCACAGAACCUGAAUGGGACUUCAUGAAGUUGUUAGAUGAUGUUGAAGGUAUAGAAAGAGAUAGAGCAACAUUUGAAUGUGAUGUCAAUGAUCCUGAGGCUGAGGUUAAGUGGUUUAGAAAUGACAAGGAACUUACAUCUGGUGGAAAGUUUGAAAUACAGGUAGAUGGUUUUAAGAGACGUCUUGUUGUUAAAAAUUGUCACUCGAAGGAUGAUGGACCUUACACCUGUAAAGUCCUUGACAAAGAAACUACUGCAAAUCUGUUUAUAGAACCUGAUGUCAAAUUCUUCAAGAAGUUGGAAAACAAGAGAGAAAGAGAGAAAGGAACCCUUGUAUUGGAAUGUAAAGCUUCUAAUCCUCACAACCAGCCUGUAAAAUGGCUUAAAGAUGGAGAGCCAAUCAACAAGGAUGAUCCUCGUUUAGAAGUAACGAGGAAAGGAGAAAUGUAUAAGAUUGUUAUCAAAAAUCUUACCAGAGAAGAUGCUGGACAAUAUGCUUGUCAAGUCGGAGAAAGAUCUUCCAAAUGUGAUGUUAUCGUUGAUGAGUUACCCAAACCACCACAGAUUAAUGCCAAAGACAUACCAGAGGAGAUUAUUGUAAAGAAGGGUGAAGUGAUUGAGAUCGGCAUCCCAUUCGUUGGUGUACCCAUGCCUGAGGGUCACUGGAAAAAAGAUGGCAACCCACUAAGUGAGGCAGAUACUGACAUCAGAAUAUCUGAUAGCAUGGCCAGCAUCCGUAUCCCAGAUGCACAGAGAGGUGACACCGGACAGUAUGAACUGACUCUUACAAAUGAGGUCGGGUCAGAGGUCAUCCCUAUACCUGUCAGGGUUUUGGAUGUACCUGGUCGUCCAGGAGAACCAUUGGACGUUGUUGAUGUGUUUUCUGAUAAAUGUGCUCUUCUCUGGGACAGACCCAAAGAUGAUGGUGGAUCUCCAAUCAAACAUUAUAUCGUGGAAAUGAAGGAUUCAGAAAAAGGCUCAGACCAAUUUGAACAAGUUUGUACCACAGAAGAUUUGGAAGUGGAUGUUACAGGCCUGAAGGAAGGACAUCGUUAUCAGUUCCGUGUCAAAGCUGUCAAUGACCAGGGCACCAGUGAACCUCUCUUGGCUGAUGGUGAAAUUAUUGCCAAAGAUCCAUGGGAUCCAUCUGACCCACCACAAGAUACUACCGUAGAGGAUUAUGACAAGGAUUAUGUAGAAAUUGGAUGGAAACCACCAAUAAAUGAUGGCGGAGCUCCUAUUGAGAAAUAUGUCAUCGAAAAAUGUGAAAAACAUAGACCAGAAUGGGUGCCUGGCAUUGAAGUACCCGGAGAUAAAAGAGCUGGAACUGUAAGUGGCCUUACUGAGAACAGAGAAUACAUUUUCCGUGUUAGCGCUGUUAACAAGGCUGGUAAAUCAGAACCUAGUGAAGCUACACCACCUGUCCUCACCAAGUCCAGGAGAGUUAAACCAAGAAUUAUGAACAAAGAUGACCUGAAACCAAUCCGUGUCAAAGUAGGAAAAGAUUUCAGUAUUCCUGUAGAGUUCAUUGGUGAACCAACACCAAAGAUUGAAUGGAAGAAAAAAGGACUGGAUCCAACAAAGGUAGACAAGAAAGAAGAAUUAAUAGAACCAUCAGACCAUAUUUCUAUUGAUAAUAAGACUGAGAAGAAAACAACAUUGACCUGCAGAAACCCAUCAAGAAAGGAUACUGCUAUGUACAAUGUUACAGUGGCUAACAAACAUGGAUCUGAUACAGCUGAUGUCGAGGUCGUUGUUCUUGGUCCACCAAGCAUGCCGAAAGGUCCCAUUAAGGUGUCUAACAUUACAGCUGAGAGUGCAACACUUGAAUGGGGAGAACCUGAAGAUCUUGGAGGUUCUUCUAUAGAUGGCUACAAGAUAGAGAAGAUGGAUACUAAGAAGGGACAAUGGGAACCAGUUAGGGAAGGAGUGAAGGGCACUAAAGUAACAGUACCUAAACUGAAGGAAGGACAAGAAUAUAAGUUCCGUGUGGCAGCAAUGAGUCAAAACGGAAACAGUGAACCUUUGGAAACAAAACCCAUAAUUGCCAAAAAACCAUAUGAUGAACCAUUCCCACCAGGACAACCAAAAUGUGUUGACAGGGACCGUACCCACAUCAAGAUGAAAUGGGAGCCACCAGAAAAUGAUGGAGGUAACCCAGUCAAAUCAUAUGAUGUGGAGAGGAAAGAACCAAAAACCAACAGAUGGGCUAAAAUCAACAAAGAACCUAUUACAAAUUGUGAAUUUGAUGACAAGAAAGUUGGCAAAGAGAAAGAAUAUGAAUACAGAGUUGUUGCCAUCAACGAUGCUGGACCAUCUGAACCUAGUGUGGCAUCUAAAGUCAUACAGGCUAAACCAGAAAAAGAGUCACCAAAAGUGAGUCUAGAUGGUUUAUUUGGAGCUAAUGAGAUCCGUGUAAAGGCAGGAGAACCCCUGGAUAUCCCUGUUGGUGUUAGUGGUACACCUACACCCACGGUAACAUGGGAGAAAAAUGGAAGACCUGUAGAUAAUAGGGCUAAGUGCACAAGUACUGAGGAGGAUGCUAAACUCCAUGUUGACAAAGCAGAAAGAGGAGACACAGGAAAAUACACCAUAACUGUCACUAAUGAAAGUGGCUCAAUGUCUGCUGAUGUUAAUGUUGUUGUUCUUGACAAACCUGGAGUACCUGAAGGACCUUUGGCUGUUAGUGAUGUAUUUGCUGAUAUGUGUAGACUUUCAUGGAACCCACCAAAAGAUAACGGUGGUGCUGAAGUUACAGGCUAUGUUGUUGAGAAAUGUGAAGAUGGCAAAGACUUCUGGGAAAAAGUACCAGGACUUGUAAAUGGAACAUCACAUCCAAUCAAAGGAUUGAAAGAAGGAAAGAAAUAUAAAUUCCGUGUCAAGGCUGAAAAUAAGUAUGGUGCUGGCCAACCUCUGGAAACAGAUAAAUCAAUACUGGCUAAGAAUCCAUUUGACACACCUGACUCACCCAAAGAUCUUGAAAUUGACAGAUUUGACAAGAACUCAUGUGACUUGGUGUGGAAGAAACCUGAAUUUGAUGGUGGAGCUGAUAUUACAGGAUAUAUUGUCGAGAAGAGACCCAAGGGUGGUGACUGGGUAGCUGUUAACAAUUUCCCAGUUGCUGACACCAAAUUCUCUGCUCUUGGAUUAAAGGAAGGACAAGUUUUAGAAUUCCGUGUAUCAGCUGUUAACCAAGGUGGCACUGGAAAACCAAGCAAGUCAACUAAACCACAUACAGUGAAAGACCCAAUAUUUGCUGCUGGAGCACCUGGUACACCAAAUCUAGACAAAAUUACUCCAAACUCUGCCGAACUUUCAUGGACAAGACCAACCAAAGACGGAGGCGGAAAGAUCCUAGGAUAUGUGAUUGAGAAAAAGAAGUUACAUGGGGAUUGGGAACCAGCUACUGAAGUUCCUGCCAAUGCUCUACAUGGUAAAGUCAAUGAUUUGGUAGAAGGUGAACAGUAUCAGUUCAGAAUUAGAGCUAUUAAUGAAGCUGGACCUGGAGACCCAAGUAAACCAACACAAGCAAUCACAGCUGAAUAUCAAGCAGAGAAACCUCACUUGGAUUUGUCUGGAAUAAAAGAUAUCACUGUUAAACAAGGUCAGAAAUACCAGAUCAGAGUACCUUACAAAGCUUGGCCUAAACCAUCAGCAUUGUGGACUAUUGAUGAGGAAGAACUGCCAAGUGUGGCUAGAAUACAUACAAAGGUUGAAGAUGAUGCUGUCAUGUUGACCAAUGAUAAGUCACAGAGAGCAGAUUCUGGCAAAUACAAGAUCACUUUAACCAAUCCCUCAGGAAAUCAUUCAGGAUUUGUUAAUGUCAAUGUUCUAUCUCCACCUGCUAAACCAGAAGGACCUUUCACAGCAUCUGAUAUAAAUGGUGACGAACUGACAUUGUCAUGGGGCACACCCAAAGAUGAUGGUGGUGAAAGAAUAAACAAUUAUAUCAUUGAAAAGAGAAAGAAAGGAUCUCCCAAAUGGAGCAAAGUUACUGGUACAGCUAAAGAACCAACUUGUCAAGUUCGCAAUCUAGAGCCAGGAACAGAAUAUGAAUUCCGUGUAAUGGCUGAAAAUGCUCAAGGCAUUAGUGAACCUUUAGAGACAGAUAAAGCAAUUCUUGCUAAAUUGCCAUAUGAUGCUCCUGGAGCACCAGGCACACCAAAAUGUUUGGAAUACACCGAGGAUUCUAUAACACUUACAUGGACUCCACCUAAAAAUGAUGGUGGUAAUCUAAUCAAGGGAUAUGUAGUUGAGAAAAAGGAGAAAGGAAAGCCAGAUUGGACCAAGGCUAACAUAUCUGAUAUUCUGACCAAUGAGUUCCAAGUAAAAGGAUUACAGGAAGGAAAAGAGUAUGAAUUCCGUGUUGCAGCUAGGAAUAAUGCAGGUGUAGGAGAUUGGGCGCAGACUUCAGAGGCAAUCAAAGCUAGAGCAGCACCAGUUGCACCAAAGGUUGACAAGAGCUUUACACCAAGAGAUGUUAUUGCUAAGGUUGGAGAACCAUUCAAGAUAGUCAUUCCAUACAAUGGAAAUCCCAUUCCUACUACUAACUGGACUAUUGGUACAAGGGACCUUUUUGAAGGAGACAGAAUCAAGUUUGAGAAUACACCAAAUGAGCUGAAGUUAUUAAACAAGAAGGCAACUAAGGAUGAUGCAGGCAGAUACACACUGACAAUGAAAAAUGAGAAAGGACAGGAUACUAUUGCUCUCAAUGUGGUCAUUGUUGACAAACCAAGCAAACCUGAAGGCCCAUUGGAAUGUAAAGACAUAACACCAGAUUCCUGUGUAUUGACAUGGAACAAACCUAAGGAUGAUGGAGGUAGUCCUGUUUCUAAUUAUGUUGUUGAGAAAUGUGACACCAGAACAGGUAGAUGGGAACCAGUUAGUAAAUUUGUUCGUGGAACUAAAUAUGAAGUCAUGGGCUUGGAUGAAGGUCAUCAGUACAAGUUCCGAGUAUCAGCAGAGAAUGAAAAUGGAGUCAGCGAACCAUUAGAAGUCCUGGAACCAGUUGUUGCCCAGCAUCCCUACACUGCCCCUGGAGUACCAACGAAUGUCCAUGUUUUGGAUGUGGACGAAGACAGUGUAACAUUAUCUUUCAAUCCACCAACUCACGAUGGAGGAAAGAAGAUCCAGGGAUACUGUGUGGAAUACAAAGAUCCUACAUCUGGACGAUGGAAGAUGCAUAACGACAUAGCUUCUCCAGAUCUUAAAUACACUGUUGAUGGACUGAAGAAAGACAAAGAUUAUGAAUUCAGAGUCCGAGCUAAGAAUAUUGCUGGUUUAGGAGAGCCAAGUAAAGCAACAGAAGUUGUCAGAACCAAACCUAAAUACACAAUAGCAGGAUCACCUGGUGUUCCAACUUACAAUGUUGGUAAAACAUUUGUUGAUCUUAAAUGGGACAAACCAAGAAAUGAUGGUGGAGCUAAAAUCAAAGGAUACAUCAUUGAAAAGAAACCAAAAGACAGUGAUGUGUGGGUGAAGGUCAACGAUUACCCUAUAUCAGAUUGUGGUUACACUGUAUCUGGACUUCCAGAAGGAGGAGAGUUUGAGUUCAGAGUCAGAGCUGUCAAUCAAGCCGGAGAAGGAGAACCUAGUGGCUCUACUGGACUUAUCAAAAUCAAAGAAAAGAUUGUUGGUAGUGCACCAGAAUUUAUCAAGAAACUACAUCCAUCAGAGAUGGGUCCACUUGGAGGUGAAAUGAUCUUCAGUGUACAAAUUCAUGGCAAGCCAAUGCCAGAUGUGUCAUGGUAUAAGAACGGUGUCCCCAUUGGUAGCACAGCUCGUACAAGACUUACACAGAACGAUGACGUCUUUACUUUACGUUUUACUGAGUUGUAUGCCAAUGAUGAAGGAGAAAUUAAAUGUGACAUCUCUAAUCCUCUUGGAAGAGACUCAUGCACUUGUAACUUCAAAAUACAAUCACCACCUAAGUUCGGAAAAGAUUUCCAUGAUCAGCAAGUUGAAUUAGGAGAACAGUUUAAGAUCAAGAUUCCAUUCUCUGGAACUGGACCAUUUGAAGUCAAAGUUAGGAAGAAUGGUCGUGAACUGGUGGAGAAUGGACGUGUUAAGAUUAUGCCAUUUGAUGAUUAUGUUAGUCUUACUGUCAAUGAUGCUAACAUAGAUGAUGCAGGUCAAUACAAAGUAGAAGUUAGCAAUGCCAGUGGUGCAGCUGAACUAGGAUUUGGUCUCAAAGUCGUUGGAGCUCCAGAAAAACCAACCGGUCCUCUUGGAGUAUCUGACAUCACCAAAAGUACUUGCAGAUUGUCAUGGAAACCACCAAAAGCAGAUGGUGGUUCUAAAAUUACACAUUAUGUGGUAGAGAGACAGGAAGUGGGAAAACCAUACUGGGUCACUGUCUCUUCACGAUGCAAGGACUGUAAUCAAGAUGUACAAGGAUUAUAUGAGAACAACCAAUAUGCAUUCCGUGUAUCAGCUGUCAAUGAAUUUGGCCAAUCAGAACCACUGACAGCAGAGACACCAAUUGUCGCUAAGAUGCCAUUUGACCGUCCAGAUGCACCUGGAGUCCCAGAAAUUACUGAAGUUGGAAGUGACUUUGUAAGUCUUACUUGGGAGAAACCAAAACAUGAUGGUGGUGGCAGAAUUAAAGGCUACUGGAUAGACAAACGUGAACAUGGUCAUGACAACUGGACUAGAGUAAAUCUGCAGCCUUGUAUAACGAACAUUAUUAAUAUUCCAAAACUUAUUGAAGAUAAACGUUAUGAGUUUAGAGUUUUUGCUGAAAAUGAGGCUGGCAUGAGUAAACCUUCUAUGAACUCACAAGCUGUCAAAAUCAAAGAUCCUAAAGCUGCUGUUAUUCCUGAAUUCUCUUCUGGACUUAGAAAAUGUCAUGCUCAACAAGGAAAAUCAGCCAAAUUUGAAUGUGAAGUAUCUGGUAAACCAGCACCUGACAUUCAAUGGUUUAAGGGAACCAGAGAAAUUUAUGAUAGUCCUAAAUUUGAAAUUUACAAUGAAGGUGACAAACAAGUUCUUGUUGUUCAUGAUGUUUUUGGUGAGGAUCAAGAUGAAUAUUCCUGUCGAGCAUCAAACAGUGGUGGCUCAAGAAUGUCCAGAGCAAACCUAGAAAUCAGUUCACCACCAAAGAUAACUGUUCCAAAGAGAUUCCAAGAUGUAGCUAUUUUCGAGAAAGGAGAAUCAGCUGUCAUAAAAAUUCCAUUUACUGGUAACCCUAAACCUACCAUUACAUGGAUGCAUGAUGGUGAAGAGGUCAAAGGUCGUAACUAUCACAGCGAAGUCACUGAGAGGCAUGCCAUCUUGACCAUCAAAGAUGCCAACAAAGACCAAGAUGGACCAUACAGAAUCACAGCUACAAAUGACCUUGGUUCAGAUUCAGCUGUAAUCAAAAUACAAAUCAAUGAUCGGCCAGAUCCACCACGCUACCCAACCUGUGAAAACAUUCGUGAUGAAUCUGUCCUGUUGUCAUGGAAACCACCAUUGAACGAUGGAGGAAGUUUCAUCACACAAUAUGUUAUAGAGAAAUGUGAACCACCAAAUUCCAACUGGAUAAGAGUUGCAGUUUCUAGAAUGUGUUUCCAUAACAUCACAUCUUUAUCUGCUAACAAAGAAUAUCAGUUCCGUGUUGUUGCUGAGAACUUUUAUGGCAAGAGUGAUCCAUGUGACCCUACUGCAGUCAUCAAAACAGAUGAAUCUGAUGCUAUUAAGAAGAAGAGAGCCCUGGAAGAUGGGUUUGGUAGAAAGGUCAGAGGUACUGGACCAAAGGUUGAUAACUAUGAUAAGUAUUAUCAUGACUUGUGGAAGAAGUAUGUUCCUCAACCUGUUUCGGUCAAGGAUGCUAAUGUUAAUGACUACUACGAAAUCCUGGAAGAGUUGGGAAGUGGUGCUUUCGGAGUUGUUCAUAGAUGUGUAGAAAAGGCAACAGGACGAGUAUUUGUUGCUAAGUUUAUCAACACUCCUUAUCCAUUAGACAAGUUUGCUGUGAAGAAUGAAAUCAAUGUAAUGAACCAGUGUCACCAUCCUAAACUGUUACAGUUAAAGGAUGCUUUUGAAGACAAAUAUGAAAUGUGUCUUAUUUUUGAAUUUUUGGCUGGUGGAGAAUUAUUUGACAGAAUAGCAGCAGAUGAUUACAAAAUGACAGAAUGUGAGGUUAUCAACUACAUGAGACAAGUCUGUGAUGGUCUUAAACACAUGCAUGAGAACAGCAUUGUCCAUCUUGAUGUUAAACCUGAAAAUGUGAUGUGUACAACUAAGAAUUCCAAUGAAGUGAAAAUGAUUGACUUUGGAUUAGCUACUAAAUUAAACCCUGAUGAAAUUGUCAAAGUUACAACAGCAACAGCAGAGUUUGCUGCCCCUGAAAUCGUAGAUCGUGAACCUGUAGGAUUUUAUACCGACAUGUGGGCAGUUGGUGUGCUAGCUUAUGUUUUAUUGAGUGGAUUAUCCCCCUUUGCUGGAGAAGAUGAUUUGGAAACAUUAGCCAAUGUACAGAGAUGUGACUGGGAGUUUGCAGAUGAUGCUUUUGCAAAUAUAUCUCCCGAGGCUAAGGACUUUAUCAGAAAACUCCUUAUCAGACAACCACAGAGGAGGAUGACAGUCCAUGAAUGUUUAGAUCAUGAUUGGAUGAAGGGUGACCUUAGUGGUCGCACAACCAGAAUUCCAUCUAGUCGCUAUGACAGCAUUAGAGCUAAAAUGAGAGCAAAAUAUGCUGACUGGCCAGCUCCAAACCCAGCUAUUGGUCGUAUUGCAAACUUUGGUGCUCUUAGGAAAAACAGACCUAAAGACUUCUCAAUCUUUGAUUCUUACUUUGAUCGCAAAGAAGCAGCACCCAGAUUUAUCCGUAAACCAAGAAAUGUUCUGGCUGCUGAGGGUCAGUCCACCAAAUUUGAUUGUAAAAUCAUUGGGGCUUCACCACCAAUUGUCACUUGGUCAUAUGACAAUUCAGUUCUGUCUCAGAGUGUCAAAUACAUGCAAAAAUAUCGUGGCAACGAGUAUGAGCUGAAGAUCAGUAGAUUGAAAAUGGCUGACAAGGGAGUUUACACUGUUAUUGCAGAAAAUUCAUUUGGAAAACGUGAAGAACACGCUACACUCAAAGUUGAAGUCAAUCCAGAACUACAAAGGAUACCAAGCAGUAGGGAUACAACACCAAUGCGAAGGUCAAGAAGACAAUCAAUGUCACCAGCUCCAGAAAUCAAACCUGUCGAGGAGGCACCAAAUAUAAGCUUUGGUUUACGUCCUCGUUUGAUUCAAGCAGGAUCAGAGUUCAAACUUCUAACAUGUGUACAGUCAACACCAGUACCAAAGGUAACCUGGUACAAGGAUAAUAAGGAUGUGUCAAAAGAUCCUCACUUCAUGUGUUCUUACUCUGGUGGUGUCGCCACUAUUGAGGUACAGUCUGCUAAACUGGCUGAUACUGGUACCUACACAUGUAGAGCCAUCAAUGAGCUUGGAGAACAUGAAACAUCAUCUCGUGUUGUAGUUGAAGAUCGAGCUCAUGACUUUGACAAGUCAGACAUCUUCAAAAGUCACAAACAAUCCAGAACGUCAAGGACAACAAAAUCGGGAUUUAGUUUCGCAGAUUCCAGUAGUAGUUAUAAUGAAACAUCAUCAUCAUCUUCAACACGUACAUCAAAUAGAUCGUCCAGACGUGUUGAAGAAUCAUCAUAUGAAGAUUCAUAUUCAUCUAGCAGGGGUUCACGUAGAGAUAAAAAACGAGAGCCAUCUGUUGAAGCUCCAGAAUUUACAACACAACUGUCACCUUUGAGUUUAAAUGAAGGGGAUAGGUUGAAAUUGACAUGUACUGUGAAAGGUCAACCUGAACCAGAAGUAGAAUGGUUUUAUAAUGGUCAGCUCAUGCAAAGUGAUGAUGCCAUAAAAAUAUCAGCAAUAGCUGGUAGACAUACAUUAACAAUAGACAGUUGCAUCAUUGAUGAUGAUGGAAAUUAUGUGUGUAAAGCUAAAAAUCCUGGAGGUCAAGCAUCCUCACGAACAUCGGUUCAAGUUACUGAAAAUAAACCUGUUAAAUCCUCAACACCUCCACAAAUAAAAUCCUCAUCACCUAGGCCAGGGUUUAUAGAACAUCCAGCUGGUGUUAGUUUAGAAGACGGUGAUAAAGCAACAUUACAAUCUAGAAUAUCAGGAAACCCUGAAGUAGAAUGGUACAGAGGUAAUGAAUUAAUAAAAGAUUCAGCUGAUUUCCAAUAUCACAAAGAAGGCAAUAUGUUUAGAUUAAUUAUAGCUGAAGUUUUUCCAGAAGAUACAGGAAUUUAUAAAUGUGUUGCUAAAAAUAAUGCUGGAUCAACAACAAGUAGUUUUUAUAUAAAAGUUGAAGAACCAGAUGUAAACCCUUUAGCUCCUGUUUUUAUAUCACAUCCAAAGUCACAGAGUAUAGAUGAAGGAACAGCAUUUAAGGCAUCAUGUACACUUGACGAGGCUGACUCUGUUCAGUGGAGUAAGGAUGGUAAAGAAGUAGAGGACACAGGAAGAUUUAAAUUUUCACAAGAUGAAAACAAAUUCACAUUUGAGAUCCCUGUAGCUUUAGCUACCGAUUCUGGUGAAUAUACAGUGACAGCCAAGAAUAGCCGAGGCUCCUCCCAAUGGACAUUUACCCUUAGUGUUGCUGUAAGUUCCUCACCUGUAGCCGAUAUUGACGUUGUCAAACUUAUAGAAGACAUGCAGUAAAAGAACAGGCUAGAUGAUUCUCUCUACAUAUCAUUUACAUAAUGACAACAUGGGAUUGUGGCCCUUCAAACACAUGAACAGAUUGCUCACUAACCUACGAGUGAAAGUUGUGUGAUUAUCAGCUAUUUUUAGACUUACGUGCUUCCUGGAUGUGAUAAAUUUCAUCACUUCUUUGGCUAUGUGCCAAAAGAAUGUAAGAUCUGUAUGAGGAUUGUACCAGAGGCAUAUAUGUUAAAAUUAAUUGUAACUUUUUUUUGUCAUUUCAUCAUGAUCCUUUAAGUCUCAAUCAUUUUCGCUUCAUCAGCUAAGUUUUGCUGAGUGAUUCUUGUUUUGAGGCUUUUCUGGAAUAUGGUGAUUUUCUUACAAAUUUUUUAACAAAAUGAAUUUCAUAAGAGAAAAAAAAUAGGAAAAACAUCAGAAGACAAUUGGUAAAUUGUAGAUGUACCGGUAAUAUUAUAUUAGUUUUCUUCUCUUUCGCUUUAGCUGUAAGAAUGUUACUGUAUUAAGAAAAGUCUAAUAAAACAAAGUGACUUUAUUGGUAAUACUAUAUUGUAUAUAGAUAUUGUUUGAUUGAAAGAAUUAAAUUGUAUCUUUUGCCUAUAAGCAUAACAUUAUUUUUUCAAUUUUUGAAAAUAGUAACAAGUUGUUGUUUGCAGUUUUCAGUGCAAAGGAUAAGCUAAGUGUUUUCUGUUUAAUAAAAGUAAAGAAUCAAAAGCAGAAAUUUUAGUUAUUUUUGUAUUCCAUGGAAUUUUCACAUAAAUUUUAUGCAUGAUUCAUAAAAAUUUUGAAAGUAAGUUCCGAUUUGAAAUAUACCAUAAAUGUUAUAUUUUUUUUUUAUUAAGUGCAGAUUUUGAAAAUGUAAUAUUAUGGGUUAUAGGCAAACAAAGGAAUGUUUGUAGUUCAAUGAACAGAUAUAGAUUUUAAUAUAUUUUUAACUGAUGAAAUAAUUUAUUUGAAGAGAAAAAUAAUUUAAUUAAAUUAUUGCUGUUAUUUUUUAACUUAUUUUUUAUAUUGGUGCAAUAAGCAAUUACUAUGUUGUUGAUUGAGUUUUUAAACAUGAUAAGAUUAUUUGAGAUUUUUUUCUAUUUUUGCUGAGAGAACAUGUAGCUUUAUUUGAAUUUCAUAUUGUGUUGAUUUUAAUUAAUCAAUUAAGAAAUGAAUCAAUUUAGUUCAUUUAAAAUUAUCAACCAUUACUAGAAAAUGAAACUAAUUUUAUUUUGAUGAUGCUCAUAAGAUUCGAACUCUAUUAUAAAGUGCUUUUAUCAUGUUUCUAAACAUUAUUAUUUAUUAUAAGUUUGGUGUGGUUUCAAGGGGAGUAACUCUUUCUCUGCCUGUUCAUGCAGUAUAAUAUUGAUGACCUGUGAUAAUCAGCCCUUCUGGAUAAAUGUUUUAAUUUUCUUACAGGUCUAUAAAGAUAUAUGAACUGAUUUUUAUAUUUGAAGAAUAGAGGAAUAUAUUUUUAAAAAUUCAGUAUGAUCUAUUUCAUUCAAUGAGAUAAGAAAGAUAACAUUAUUUUUUGAUAAACAAAAUUGUAUUUGAUAUUUUACAGAAAUGUAAUUACUAAUUUCUUGAGGUUAUCAAAGUAUAUUCAUUUAUAACUCAUAGUUGUAUUUCAGCUCUGUACUGAAAAUUUUGACAUUUAACCAUAAAGUCUGGAAGGCCGACCCCAGUAAUCCCACCAGAGCUAUUUGCUGUGAUGUUAUGUAUUAUUAUCACUGCCCCAUGCUUUACCUCUUUUAUGAAAAUGUUAUCAAAUAAAAUGCUGUUCUAAAGA